AUGAAUGCCCACAUGCGGGAGACCAGUUUCACAAGCAGGCAAAGUGACACAAUGAAAAAGGGCAAGGACAAAACAACUGUACACAUAAAAAAUACAUACAUUUCGCCAUACGUCCUCUAUAACAAUAGAAAAGGAAAUAACGAAAAUGAGUUUGCAAAAUUGAACAACCUCCUAACGAAUGAAAAAAACCGAGUCUUUAUUAAGCACAAAUUGAACUACUUCAAAGAUGGAAUUCAUGAAAAAAAAAUUUUAAGAUAUGCCUUAAUUAAUGAGCUAAAUUUAAAAUGCUUUGAGAAUAGAGGAAACGCAUGCGAACUGAAUAGCGUCACCACCAUGAUUCGCAUGAAUUCUGACUUUGGCAGCGACAAGGAGCAGGGCGUGCCUGCGCAGGAGAAAGAAGACUGGGUUGGCAAUGCAAAGGACCUCACCAUUAUUCGGAGCCAGGACAUAAUUCGUGAUGGAGGCAUCGUCCGCAGUGAGGAAUUCGUAAGCAGCAAGGAUACGCUACGCGGAGGUGAAGCUGUACAUCGCGGGGAUGCGCUACGCAGCAAGGAAGGCACUAACAAAGACAAGACAAAUGACAGCGCAGAAAAAAGGGGAGUCCCGUCUAAGACAUGCCCCAGGGACGAAAAGAAAUGCGAUUGCGUUGCUUACAAUAAAUAUUACCGAGAUAGCACGGAACAAGUGCACACUUCGCUGUGUUGCCUUCCAACAGGCUGCACGUGCUCAGGGGGAGCGGGAACUAGCAAUAAGCCCAUACAAGAAAGUACGAACACAGCUCACGUCCAUACGAAGAGCACUAAUCGCCUGAACAACUGCUGUGCAAAACGCACGCACACAAACAACAGCACAAAUGAUGUAGUGUACAAAUGUGAAGACUCAAUUCCAUUAGGGACCAUUCUCAAUUUUCACAACCUUGAUAAUAAUAACACGAAUAUACUAACCACAGUGAUGCUGCGAAAUAUUCCUAACAAGUACACACAAAAAAUGCUCAUGAAUGUGAUGAAUGAACAUUUUAAAGGACUGUAUGAUUUUUUUUACCUUCCAAUUGAUUUCCGCAAUAAAUGUAACGUUGGGUACGCCUUUAUCAAUUUUAUACAUCCAUACUAUGCUGAACUGUUCAUACGAUUUUUUAAUAAUUACAAACUUAAUGUUUUUAAAAGCAACAAAGUGUGCACUGUUACCUGGGGAAGAGUACAAGGACUCAAGGCCAACAUCGAACACUACAGAAAUUCUGCCAUCAUGACCAUUCCCAUCCCACAAUAUAAACCUAUGCUUUUUCAAAAUGGCAUUGCUGUCUCUUGGCCCGAGUCCGACGGGCCCCUCCCCGCCAUUAAAUUACGUUCGCAAAAGUAUUGA